UGCAAUUCAAUGUGUGUGUUUUUCCAUAAUAAUAAUUCUUCUUCUAGGUAGAGUAGACAGGGAGUGAGACAGGUAUCUGAAAAGAAGAAAAAAUUUUGGUUUGUGGUACAUGAUAUUUGAGAGUAGUGGAAUGAACCUGAGAAAGAAAAGGGAUUUACUAUUUUUGUUUGUUUUGAUGAUAUAAUUGAUUUUUUUUUCUUUUAUUUUUGGUAAAGCGAUUCCCGGAGAAUCUUGGCACAAAUCUUUGACAGUUAAGCAGUAGAGAGAGAAGGAGGAGGCAGGGGUCCCCUUACAAAUAGGUGUCUGUACCACUCAUCACUACAAUUAAUAACAUACCAGCAAAGCACCAUCUUGAAUUCUUAAGCAAAGGAAAGGCAUCAUCAUCUCAUCACAUGGCAACAACCUCAGUGCGCGUCAAAGAAGCUGUGCUCGUCACACCUUCUGACCCCACACCAACUGGGAUUCUCCACCUCUCCGCUCUCGACUCCCAACUCUUUCUUCGCUUCACCGUUGAAUAUCUAUUUGUUUACAGGCGAUCCUCUGCCCUCGACCAGCCUGCCACCGUGUCACGUAUGAAGUCGGCAUUGGCAAGGGCGCUCGUUCCGUACUAUCCCUUUGCCGGCCGAGUUCGCUCUAGGCCGGACGUCCCCAGCCUCGAGGUAGUCUGCCGGGCACAGGGCGCACUCUUCAUCGACGCCUGCUCUGAUGUGUACACUGCCAAUGAUUUUGAGAAGGCUCCCAAAACGGUUACACAAUGGAGGAAGCUCUUGUCACUCUAUGUUCCCGACGUUCUCAAAGGAUCGCCGCCACUCGUCGUUCAGCUCACGUGGCUUGCCGAUGGAGCCGCCGCAGUUGGCGUCGGAAUCAACCACGCCCUCUGCGAUGGCAUAGGAAGCGCUGAGUUUCUCAACUACUUCGCUAAUUUAGCUUCCCAAAGGUUUGGCCCUCGCGAUUCUGAUCUGAAGCCCAAGCCCGUCUGGGAUCGCCACAUCAUGAACCCGCCGUCGAAGAAGAGCGAGCGGGCUAACACGUAUAACCACCCUGAGUUUGCACGGGUUCCCGAUCUCUGCGGGUUUUUGAACAAGGUCACCACCGGGCUCAGGCCCACCUCCAUUGUGUUCAACAAGAGGCGCAUCAACGAGCUCAAGGGAAUAGCCCGUUACUCGAGCGAGUCGUCAUCAUCGUACACGUCUUUUGAGGUGCUAGCGGCCCAUGUGUGGAGGAGCUGGGCCCGAGCAUUGGGCUUUCCACCAAACCAGCAACUGAAGAUUCUCUUUAGCAUUAACGUGCGGAACCGGGUGAAACCGAACCUUCCAGAGGGGUACUACGGGAACGCGUUCGUUCUUGGGUGCGCACAGAGCAGUGCAAAGGAGCUUGUAGAAAAAGGAAUCGGGUACUGUUCGGGUCUGGUGAAACGGGCCAAGGAGAGGGUGGAUGGAGAAUACGUGAGGAGGGUGAGUGAGUUGGUGUCCGAGUGGAGGGUGAGUCCUGACCCUGUUGGUGUGCUCAUAGUUUCUCAGUGGUCUCGUUUGGGCCUUGAGAGGGUUGAGUUUAUGGGUCGGCCCAUUCAUGUUGGGCCCAUAUGUUGGGAUAGAUACUGCUUGUUUCUUCCGGUGAGGGAUGAGACGGAGAGUGUCAGGGUCGCCGUGGCUGUCCCUGCCGCCGCCUUUGACAGCUACCAUCGCUUUAUUGCAGAAUCCACUUCAUGAUACGCAACUCUUUUUUCAUGUUGACUUCUGUAAUUAUUUUGUCUUUUUUCUUUUCGAGUCAAGAAACCUUAAAAUUUGCAGUUACUCUUAUUUAAUGAUGUCGUUUUCUUUUGCAUGA